AUGGCAACUCUGACGAAGAAGCUUCUCAUACGAAAAGGGGCAGAGGACCCGGAGGUGGCUUUGGCGCGUGCUCGAGAGGCAAUCGACAAAUUGCCGAGCCCUAUCAAGAGUGGCAAUACCCUGUAUCCUGCGUGGAAGAACUUCAUCAUAGCCGUGGUGCUCCGCAUUGGAAAGGAAAAACAACUCGACGGAUAUGCCCUCGUUACGACCUACCUCUCAACAACGCGGAAACCCGAAAGGCAAAACCAAGGAUCCUUCGAAGCGAAACCUCCACUCGAUACCAUAGUUGAAAGCGAAGUGACCGACAACUUCUCAGUCGCGUUUACCAAGGAACAGCCUGACGAGAUGGCCGAGAUGGCUACGAUCAAAGCGGAUGAGGCGUGGCAGUCCAUGAACACCGACAGAGUAUCAAGUCACACCCUGUACCAGUUCCGCAAUUUCAUCGAAUGCCUCGCAUAUGCCAUCUACAGUGAUGGGCUGUUCCAAGGCUGCACCGGCGAGGUAGCGAUUAUCGUAGAACCCAAGGGUCUCAAGCGCCCUGGGAUCGUGUUCUAUAUGUCGAGCACCCACGGUCCGCCCGAUGAAAAGAAAUUCCUUGAGGCUAUAUACAAGUUUUGGAAACAAGUAUUCCGCGCGGGCCGAAAAAAGUAUGGAGACGAAGCAAUUCUAAACAGCGUGGUUUUGGUGUUGAGGGAAACGGACGCGGCCAAGGUGGUCGAGGAUAAAAAAUACCUCGGGAAACUCGACUUGAGCAUGUGCCUUGCUGGCCAGACAGGUCGUAGGGUUAGUUUAGGAGAGUUAGCAGUUGGUACUGGGGAGCAGUCCGCGCCGGUGGUUGGGUCGUAA